AUGUCAGACGACGGAAACGAUACAAAUAACAUUCAUGUGGAUACUCCAGAUGAACCAGUUUUAACACCUCCAAUUGAGACUGUAAAUCAUAACAUUACUUCAACUUUAAAGCGGAAAAAUGAAGAUGCAGAUGAUAAUGAAGGCAAUGAACAAUCGGCAAACAGUCAUUCGGGCAAUGAUACCAUCAAUUCAUCAUCGAUCAAAAGAAUCGCAUUAGAUAGCGAACAAUUAGAUUUACAGGAUAAAGAGGAAGAACUACAACAGACAGCCCCCAUUAUUACCAACAACAGUACAAGUCAUUUAGAGACCGAAUCUGAAGAGUUGGAUAAACAGAAUGAAGACGCCAACAAGACACAAGAAACUCUUGAACCAGCGUACGCACCAUCAGAGCUGGAUCAUGCAGACGACCAAAACACCGGUUCAUCUUCCUCAUCUAAGCCAGUAUCAAACCAUCGUGAUAGAGAUGAUCCCACAUUUAUUCAGUUGAGAAUGUAUUGUCCAGUCAAAGAAGCUAGUACGAUUGUUGGGAGAAAAGGAGAAACAAUCAAUCAUCUAAGAGAAAAGGCAAAUGUAAGAAUUACUGUUAGUGAGAAUUUAAAAGGAGUUCCUGAAAGAAUUGUUGCUGUGAAAGGUCCAGCAGAGAAUGUUGCUAGAGCUUUUGGAUUAAUCACCAGAGUUAUUUUGGAAGAACCAGAGGACGAACCUGCAAGCAUUAAUUCACAACAAUAUAAUUUAAAGCUAUUAAUACCACAUCCUAUGAUUGGGUUCAUUAUUGGGAAACAGGGAUUGAAAUUCAGAGAAAUUGAAGAAAACUCAGCAGCCAAGUUAAAAGCAGCAGAAAAUGCUUUACCAUAUUCUACUGAUCGUGUUUUAUCUGUUAUGGGUGUUGGAGAUGCUAUUCACAUUGCUGUUUAUUAUAUUGCCCAAGUUAUGCUUGAACACAAGGAGGUAUUGAAGAAGCAUAAAGUUGUGUUGUACAACCCUGCUAACUAUCAACCAACAGAUCAAAGUCUUGGAGGCAGACAACGUCAACCGCCUAGUAAUUCAUACAACAAUCCUAUGGGUUAUCAAGCUAAAUUGCCGCCAUUUAGUAAGCCACCACAACACCAACAGAGUCCUUACAAUUUCUCAAUGAUGUUUCAACCAGCAGUUCAACCUCAACAUUUUGGUUCGCCAGUAACAUCAAACCCAAAUGCUGUCUCACCUGUUGGUAUGCAACCUUCUGUCAAUAUACCUCCACAGAACCAGUUCACUGAUGAGUUUGGAAAUACGAUAGUUGGUGAAGUUAUAACAACUCCACCUAUUCAAGCAGGUCAAGAUAAAUAUAAUCAAGAUGUCUUUGUUGCCAACUCUAGUAUUGGGUCUGUUAUUGGGAAACGAGGUAACAACAUCAAACACAUCAGAGAAACUAGUGCAUGUACAUAUGUUAAAAUUGAACCAGAUAAGGGACAAUCGAUGAUGUUAGGUGGAGGCAAAGGUAUGACUAAUAUCAGAAAGUUAACUCUAACAGGAACCUUGAAUUCUAUUCAAACUGCCAUUUAUUUGAUCAACCAGCGAAUCAAUGCUGAUAGAGAGAGAAAUACCCGUUAA